UUGAGUAAAGAGGAGAAGGAAGCUUUGAAGAUGAAGGAGAGAAUGGAAAGAGAGGCGUUCAAGGAAAAGGAGAAGAAAGAGAAGGAGAUGGCAAAGGCUGCUGCGAAGCUUCGUACAUCCAAACGUGACACUGUCCGAGAGAUUCACCUCUACCUCUCUUCCGACCUUGCUCUUCCCACCUCACCCAUAGCCGGCGCCCUCCCCGAGAUCCGAGCCCGUCUCACCGAGAAUAACUCGGCUUUACAUACACUAUCAGAAGAGAACAGUCCCGCUCCGGGUAUAGUGCGAUUCAAACGUCACGUCACAUCUUCAUACGAUCAUACGGCAAAACGUUUCGUACCACUCGACAUACCGCGAUGGGAAUGGGAAACUACCACAUUGAUCAUCGUCACUGCUGAGACUAUUGUCGACCGACUUCCUCCGCUCCCUUCGACGCAAGGUACCGCGGAAAUUAUGACCGGAGAUUCUCUGGUAGAUUGGAUAUCUGAUAUGAGAUUAUGUCUAGGGAUGGAUAUGACACAUCAAUUGUUUUUGGUGAUCAAGGAUUUAUGGAAAUAUUGUGCCAAGACGAAAACGUUGGCUAAUAGAGAGUUCACAGCUGCUGCUCGUGCUGGAUUAGAAGGCGGUUCGAGGGAUGGAAGUGGGCCAGGGGACUGGAAGGGUAGACCAAGCAAGGAGAGGAUAGAGAUGGAGUUGUUAAAGUUACAACUGUCACAGAAAUGUUUCGUCGUUCAUGCAGUUGAGAAAACGGAAGAUAUCGAAGAUUGGAUUUUCAACUUGGCAUGUGAUAUCGCUAUCCGUCCUUAUAAACUUAUUUCCAAAUCCCACCUCAACUUCUGCCCUCCCGACGGAAUCCGAAAGUCGUCCGAACCUGUUGGGAUCCUCGAACUGAUGUUACAACAAGUCCAGGGUAUAACUCCCUCGGCGGCUGCGGGCAUAGCGGUCGAAUAUCCUACGUUCCGACAUUUGAUGCGUGCUUACGAUCGGGCCGAGAGGAGAGGAAUGAGCGAGGCGGAGGGGUUGUUGAAAGAUUGUGAAGUGAGGAAUUUGAAGAAUGGAACGGCGAACGGGAGGACUUUGAAGGGGGCGUUGUCCAAAAGGGUAUACAGUGUUUUGAGAGGAGAGGAUAGUUUAGCCCUG